UGGCAAUUUCCCGGGCCCACGGCGCCGGUGAACAGGUGGAGAGGCCGGGCUGGCCCGGGCUGCGGCCUCAAGCGUCGGGAAAUGGCUGCGGGGGGCAGGCUGGAAGAUCUCCCGAUAAUCUCUCCUGAUUAUGAUGAUACCAUCACUGAGUGAGGGAACACUGCAAGGACAGGGUUCCUUGGAUCCAUCCCAAAGUGUUGAAGAUGACCCCCUUCUGGACACCCAGCAUCUUUCACAUUAUUCCUUACAUGCUCAUUUUAGACCCAGAUUCCAUCCUCUUCCUACGGUCAUUAUAGCAAAUCUUCUCCUGUUAAUACAUGUUGUGUUUGUUAUUUUAGCAUUUGUAACAGGUGUGCUUUGUUCUUACCCUGAUCCAAAUGAGGACAAGUGCCCAGGAAACUACACCAACCCACUGAAAGUUCAGACGGUCAUAAUCCUUGGAAAAGUUAUUUUGUGGAUUCUGCAUUUCCUUCUUGAGCGCUACAUUCAGCAUCACCACAGCAAAGUAAGAAACCGAGGCUAUCACAUGAUCUACCGAUCAACAAGGCAUCUUAAAAGACUUGCAUUAAUGAUACACUCCACUGGCAGCACAGCUCUCCUCCUCACGCUGUGCAUACAGCAUUCCUUCCCAGAGCCCAGCAGGUUGUAUCUUGACCUCAUUCUGGCCAUCCUGGCCCUGGAACUGAUCUGUUCCCUGACGUGUCUGCUCAUCUACACAGUGAAGGUUCGAAAAUUUAAUAAAGCCAAACCACAGCCUGAUAUACUUGAAGAAGAAAAAGUCCAUGCUUACCCUAGCAAUAUUACUUCAGAGACUGGAUUCAGGACUAUUUCAAGUUUAGAAGAAAUUAUUGAAAAGCAAGGAGACAUAAUAGUAUACCUGAAGAGACACAAUGCACUGUUGAGUAAGCGGUUGUUGGCUUUCACUUCCUCGGACCUAGGCUCUCAUUCAAAUCGGAUGUGAGAGUUCAAGGUCAAGACAGCAAUUGCAGAGUGAUCCAGGCUAAUACAAGACUGACCACCUGACAAACUGUCAUAGAAAAUGGCAGCUUUUGCUGAGUGACAUUUUACCACUCUUGUAGAGUACCUGAAUUUGGUUCUCACCUGUGUGGCUAUUUAAUAUGUAGAGCUUGUGGAUUAUGUGAUGGUGAUUUGUCAAGCCUUGAUAUCUCAAUAAUGUCUGUUUUACACAUUUUGAAAUUA